UCUUUAGUCGAGUUCAAUCAGCUGAGCAGCACAGGCACAGUAAGGAUUGUAAACGCCAACAUGCGUUUACUUCGGUAUCUGUUGAUUUUGCAAGUCUUUGGAAAUAUUUUUUGUAUCGCAACUGGAAAUCACACUAACCAGGUCAGACUCUGGUUCGAUCCGCAGGAUUAUACAUCUACCUUAGGAGAGGGAGUGAUUUUGAUUCUAUGGGCGGAUGGCUCAGCGACUUCCAAUUUAUCAGUGAGAUUCAGCGUCAUUAGCGCCAGUUAUGUGCGCGUUGUUCCUGAGAUUAUGGAAAUUUACGAGUAUGACAGUUUUCACUGUAAUGCUACAAAGUUAGAAGCCACGGGCUUACGAGCUGGUAGAUUUAUUGUUAAAGGAUAUGUCGCCCCCGAUGACGCUGCUGACAAUCGUAGAUUAUUUGCGCAAAUGAAGAUUGCACUGAAUGGCUAUAUGAUUUAUGCUUCACUAUUGGUUGGAUGGGCAUAUACAGCUUGUUGGUCUAUAGGGGACUAUCCGCAGAUUAUUCUAAAUCAUCGAAAGAGGAGUGUUGUUGGUUUAAGUUUUGAUUAUCUGUAUAUGAAUAUUGUAGGAAAUUUGUGCUAUGCAACGUUUAAUGCAUGUAUGUACUGGAGCAAAUACGUAGAGCAAGAAUACUUUGACCGUCAUCCUUUUGGAUUAAAUCCAGUAAUUGGCAAUGAUGUAGGCUACUCUAUACAUGCGCUAUUGGCUACAGCAAUGACAUUGCUGCAGUGUUACAUCUUCGAUAAUGGUGGAAACUCCAUUUCUAUUCCUGCAAAAGGAAUGAUUGCAACAUACGUACUAAUAAUUUUAAUAGCAUUCGUGCUAGUCACUUUCAGAGUCUUGCACUGGUUGGACUUUCUUUACGUACUUAGCUAUAUUAAACUAUCGACCAAUUUGGUCAAGUACUUCCCGCAGGUCUAUAUUAACUACAAGCGUCAGAGUACGGCUGGCUUUGCCAUUAUGAAUCGUUUGCUAGAUCUUGUAGGAGGUUUAUUAUCAAUUUUGCAGAUGAUAAUCAACGCUUGGAACUUUGACGAUUGGGACUCCAUAUUCGGUAGUCCAGUGAAAUUUGCGCUUGGACUAGUUUCGAUUAUUUUCGAUGUGAUUUUUAUUAUCCAGCAUUUCUAUUUAUAUAGGAAACCUGCAGAAAUCUCCGUUUUCCAAAGUGAAGUCACAAAAAUUAGUCUGCCUUCAAACACUUGAGCCCAUUUUUUUAAUAAUUUUCUUUCUCUGAUAAAACUGCUGUUUUGUUCGAUUAUUGUCUUAUA